GGGCCCAGCCUCAGCACCCCCAAUGUGCCAAGUGGAGUUUGAGAUGGCCUGCGCUGCCAUCAAGCAAUUGAAGGGGCCGGUGAGCGAUCAGGAGAAAUUGUUGGUGUACAGCUAUUACAAACAGGCCACCCAGGGCGACUGCAACAUCCCGGCCCCACCUGCCACCGACCUGAAAGCCAAGGCCAAGUGGGAGGCAUGGAAUGAAAAUAAAGGCAUGUCCAAGAUGGAUGCCAUGAGGAUCUACAUUGCCAAAGUGGAAGAACUAAAGAAAAACGAAGCUGGUUAGGGAGGACAGAGCAGCAAGGCAGCUCUAGUAGGGAAGGAGGCACUUUGAAGACCUUUUGAGGGCCGGAAUAGCCUGAGGCUGUAACAGCCACCGGAGCUGAGACCUCAAUAAAUCACUUUAACUGCAUGAUAGUGACUGCUGUUGCACAACUGAUGAAUGGUGUCUGUCUGAUAAAAAGUGAGAGUCCUGGGGGGAGGUAUCCAAAAUGUAUGAAAAGGAUCUCUCCUUGAGGGGAAAGUUCUGGCGAAACUGGCUUUCUGUAGGAUUGAGUUCCCAGCCUUCCUUUUCCCCAGAGCAUACACAGAUAUUCAGCAGAAGCAGAGGAGCUGGGGCAGAAUCACGCUCUGACUUGAGGUCAGUGAGACCAUUGAGGUUCAGUGUCUGGGAAAGGGAGGGGGAGAGGAAGGAAAGGAGUCUGAGGCCCCUUGUCUCUCCAGGGGCUGUUGAUGCACUAUUAACCCAAAGCCUCUUGAUGAAAGUGACAGU